AUGGCUAUUGAUCUGAUAUCAUCCAUACAAAUGUCUAAGAAUAAGAAUAAUAAAACCAAAUUAGAUUCAAUACAAGAAUAUUCUGUAGAAAAUUCUAUAUCAUCAACGAAUAAUGGUGGUGAUGAAACAUUGAAAAAUCCUGAUGAUAUUGUUCCAUUGAAUAUUUUGAAUGAUAAAAAAGAUUUUGACUGUGAUAAUAGUGUCAAUAAUCAUCAACAGCAACAAGAAUCAUUACCACAAAUACCUACACCACGAUCAUCAUCAUCAUCUUCAUCAUCUUCAUCGACUGUAACAGUUGAAACGAUUCCAUUACCUUAUCAUCAUCAUACAAGACAAAAUUCUGAUGAUAAUGCUGAUGAUGAUACUGAAAUUCUUGAAACGCUUCGUCAAAUAUUACGAAUGUGUACCAAAAUGGAUCGAUCCAAACGUAUAACAGCAAUGGAUGUUUAUGAAAUAUUAUCCAGGAAAUCCAAUUUAAUUUAUAAAAAUUCUCAUUCUUUAAAUAAUGAUAAUGAUGAUAACAUUAUAAUCGAUGGUUGCGAAUCUAAAUUAUGAUGAUUAAACGAAAGAAAAU